AUGAUUUGGUCGGCAUUCGUAUUACGACGAAUUGCAAUUCAUCAAGGGGGUAUAUCUGCUCGAAUAUUCUCUCUUUUAUCAGUUUUUGGUGGUGGAAUUUUUCUCGCGACGUGCCUACUUGAUUUAUUAGCUGAUUCAAUUGCUACUCUUUCAAAAGGAUUAGCUGUUAGAACCGAUUUUAAAUUUCCGAUUGUUGAAUUAUUUAUCGCAAUCGGAUUUUUAUUUGUACUCUUUACUGAACAGGCUUUCACUGCAAAUUUUUCAGGUCAUACUAGUUUCCAUUCGGGUACGAUGGCUCAUUCAACGAUUGGCGCUAUAAUUCUUGUAUUAGCACUCUCACUUCAUGCCAUUUUCGAAGGGCUUUCAUUAGGAAUUAUAAGUGAUAUUAAAGAAAUUUAUCAGAUUUUCGGAGCUUUGUUGCUUCAUAAAAUGUUAAUAGGCUUUUCUCUCGGAAUUCGUCUUGUGCAGAGCCCUAUGAAAACAAUCACAAUAAUUAUAUGUUUUUGUAUCUUCGCAGGACAAGUAGUGAUCGGAGGAUUUUGUGGCUUAGAAAUUUUGAAUUUAUUAAGUGGUGGAUCAUUGUAUCAAGCAACAUUAAUAUCGGCUUGUGCUCAAGCUUUGGCCUGUGGAACAUUCCUUUAUGUGACGUGUUUCGAGAUUCUGCCUCACGAAUUAAACCAACCCACUGUUCGAUUGCCGAAACUUGCUUGCCUUUUACUUGGUUUUUUAUUGAUAACUGCAGUCGUUUUAUUGAGUAUUUGA